AUGAUUACAAUUUCAUUUAUUAUAUCAAUUAUUCCACCGAGUAUAUAUGUAGGAAAAUAUUUGAUAUCAGAUGAUUAUAAUAUUACCGAACGAUAUUGUUUAACAAGUAUAAUUCUUUUUAUUCGAACAUUUUUUAGUACAACAAUUUUUAUUUUUCCAAGUUUUUAUAUGUACACAUUUGAUUUUACUAAUCGAAUAUGUUUAAAUGGAUAUCCAUCAAAAUUUUCAAUAGAUAUAUUACUAUUUAUAUUUGUUACAUUUAUUUGUUUAAUUAUUUAUUCUCUAUUUGAUUUUAUUUUAAAUUCAUUUUAUGAUAAACAUAAAUUUUGUUGUUCAAUAGAAUGUUUAUCAUAUUGUGGUUUAUGUAUAUUAAUUUUAUUAAUUAUUGGUAUUAUUCUCUUUUCAUCAGCAAUUAUUGCCUAUGUUUUUGUUGUUUUAUUUAUUCAAAAACCUCUUCAAUUAGCAGCAAUUCUUAUUGUUGUUCAAUUUCGUUUUUCUUAUUGUACAAUUUUUAGUUGA